AUGCUCUCUCUAUUGCUAGUGCCGGCUCUGAUCUUAUCCCUCCCGGCUUUCGCCCAGCCCGUAUCCCAAGGUAGCUUUGGGUCGACCACCACUCAAGUUUACAACAAUUGCUCUGGGACACUUACUUCGCGACCCACGGGUGCCGCUACAGACACACUCCCCAAGAUUAGUUCUGGUGGAUCGGUUGGUUGGGAGCGGUGGGACCUAACACUUUACCAGACGGGUGUUCUGUUGAACCUGCGGUGGAUACAAGGCGACCCUGCUUCUCAUUCAUCUAAACCUUCUAAUGCCACAUUCGAGUUUUCCGCCGCGUUCGAUAAUGGAACGACGUAUGAUACACGUAUCACGGGGCAAAUACUCGCUUUUACCGAUUCCCCACUGUAUUCAAUUUCGAUCGGACAGAAUACCCUCACGUGGGACGAUAGUAGAACCUGGUUUAACACAUCCCUGAACUUAAACGGAUUAACCGCAUCAAUCGCAACCGAAUCGAUAAUGCUAGAUAGUUUCUCGCCAUACGCAGGCGGGGUCUCCGGGCAGUUGACCAAAAAUCUAUAUUCUAAUAUACCAGUGACGCGUGGUCGCAGUAAUAUAGGCUCGGUGCAAUUCCCAUGGGGUGAAAACGUGCCACUUCUCGCGCGAUCUAUACUAUCGCACAUGUUCGCGACGAAGCCCGUGCAAUCCCUUGCGGUCAGCUAUGCGAUACUCAACUUCCGCUCCGUGGGAACGCAAUAUACAGACUCGUUCAUCUACGAGAGUUCCCGUGCCCCGGACACAAGCGCUGCCAACCAAGUCUAUAAUUCCUUCUACCUUGGGCGUGCUGAGUCGCGCAAUACCGGAUUCGAACCCUACACUAUUUAUGCAGGCACAAACAGCAACCUCCUGUCGGUUUCGCAGAUAAACUCCACCGUUACCGAAGCACAAAUGUCCGGCUGUUCUCAUACAGACUUCGUUCCCUUCACGUGGAAUUAUACCCAGCCAUCACCCAUUCUCGAACAGACCGAUAGUGCUGGGGGAAUAACCAGAUUUUUCGUUAGCACGACUGUUAGUGCGCUAGAGCCUUUCGGCAGCGACCCUGUACAGAUCGUGUCAGGGACAGAAUUAGGGUACACAUAUCAAGCCCCUGGGUCUACAUAA